CACGUAUGGAGAAGAGUCUAUGCAUAUGCAUAUUAUAAAUCACGUGACAUUACGUCAUUUUCUUCAUCAUCCAAGAUGGCGGGUAGUUCAUGCGACGACGAUCUUCUGCGAGAAAGUUUAUUAUAUGCGGCCAACAAACUAGGCAUUCCUAAUGGAAAAUUCAGGGAACUGCAGGAAUCCGCUAUUCGUAGCGUUAUUGAAGCCGGCAGGGAUAUUUUUGUUGCAUUACCUACUGGUUUUGGAAAGAGUGCAAUAUUCCAAGCAAUCCCCUUGUGCUGUGACUUUCUACGCGACCACGGAUUCUAUGAUGACUCGAGUCGUUGCCGUUGGCAGAACGAAAGUACCGGUACCACUAGUGGCACUACUGGCACUACCAAAACAACGUCGAUCUGCUUGGUAAUUUCACCAUUGAUUGCAUUGAUGAGAUCGCAGGUGACGCAGCUUCAGAGCCUUGGUAUUUCUGCCGUGUAUUUGAAUGAUGUAUCUCCGAGUUCAGCCGAAGAGCACGACCUGAUAAAUGGAUGUAUUUCCAUCGUUUACAUGAGCCCGGAAAGUGUUUUGGGGAAAAGAGGCAACGACGUGUUGAUGAGCCCAAAAUGGCAGCAGAACUUGUGUGCAGUGGUAGUGGACGAAAGCCACUGCAUCACCAAAUGGGGUCAACAUUCAAAGAAGGUGGCUGCCUUCAGGACGAGAUAUGGACGCUUGGCAGAGAAUCGGUCACUGGUACCGCCCUCUGUGCCAAUGGCCAGCUUCACUGCUACUGCCUCAGCUGCUAUGAGAGGACAAAUCAUCCAUUCCCUUUCUCUUACUAAUCCCAUACUUGUAGAGAAGUCCCCAGACCGUUGUAACAUCAAGUAUUCAUGUAUUCAAGUGAAAUCGACAGAAAGCCCCAAAAUCUUCAAGUCUCUUCGGGAAGAACUCCACUUGAAGAAAAAGACAACAGAAAGAACCAUCAUCUUCUGCAGAACACAUAGGCAGUGUCGUGAACUGUACGAAUACUUUAAAGCGGGUGUCGAAGAUCGUGACAUUUUCGCAAUGUACCAUAGCACCACAGAUCAGCCUCAGAAAGAUCGCGUGUUGGCAUCAUUUGCAGAAAGGGGAGGUGUUGUGAGAGUUUUGUUUGCAACUGUGGCUUUUGGGAUGGGGGUAGACUGCAAGGAACUUAAAAGAAUAUACCACUAUGGACCCCCUGAAGACAUUGAGGACUAUGUGCAGGAGACAGGAAGAGCUGGAAGAGGAGGAGAAGAAUCUGAUGUUGUUCUCAUUAACUAUAAAGGUUGCACAAGAUAUAAAGUGUCUGACGACAUGAAGGGGUAUAUGGCCAACAAAGAUACAUGCCGCCGUUCUGUGUUGUUAGCAGCGUUCGGAGGAGAUGCCGUAAAUGCCGACACCAACAAACAUAGAUGUUGUGACAUUUGUGCGAAAUUGUGCGAGUGUGGCAAGGAAGAUUGCAAUAAGGAAGUAUUUGAAUGUGUAGAAUCAGAAAAGAAAAGGCUUCAUGAGUUCCAGCAAUGUCGACAUGUUACUCGGGAAAAGAAGGACAAACUCCUUAGUCGACUCACUGAUUUGCGUGGAUCUGUUGUGGCAGGUUCCAGUGCUGAGCUACUUGCAGGUUGUGACCUCAGUUCAGGAAUCCCCCUUUCUGAGCUGAAUUCUUUCGUUGAUAAUUGUGACAGGAUAAAUUCUUUUGAUAUGUUCACAACAUAUUUUCAGUUUUUUGGACAUGAACAGGAUAUUUGGGAAAUAUUUGUUUCUGAAUGCCAAGAUCACUGUGAAAUAGAACAAUUUUCUUAUUCUGAUUCAUUGUCAUCAGAAUGUGAAAACCAGUGUCCAGAGACCUUGCGUGGUGUACUCGUUUAUUCAUCAGAAUCGGAUUAAAGACACUUUUCUGUUAGUUUGCAUCAUGACUAUGCACCAACAGGUUGAUGUUGCAAUUUGUUUGCAUACAUAUGUACGAUAGCCAUAAUUACUAUUCUUAUCUAUAGGGAUUUUUUAUCUUAUUUGCGCUACUGAUUCUUGGUCAUCACUUUAUAGGUUUUUUUUUUUUUUACAUGUUUAAAUUAUGUUGUUGCUUUUUUUAUUCUUUGUUCUACUGUCAUCGUACUAUAGCCUCUGCUCUUAUACAUGCAUGAACGGUUUGACCAAUGCGUUCUAUAUUUAAUUUUUUUUUUUCUUGAAUGACAUGUUUUAGUUCUGCAUUUCAAAUGUAUUCUUUUGGCAUUUUUUUUACCCCAUGUGUACAUGUAAAUACAUUUUAAAUUUCAACUACUUUCAAUGAGCAUGAUGUACGCAACAGAUAUGAGCCGAGUAUCUAUGUUUAAUUGUUAAUGAACUUUUGUUUUGGAGACUUCCAUUUACUUGUAAUAAUUUUUUGGACAGUACAUGUACAUGUAUGUCACAUUGAUUACAUGAAUGCUUAUUGUUUUAAGUGUUUUUAAUGAAUAGACAAAGAUGUAUUUUAUGGUAGUACAUGUAUGUAUGGGUAUUACAUGUUAGGUAUUUUGAUUGAAAGGAGAGGUGCUGAGUUUUUAUUUGUUUGCUUGUUUUUUAUUACUAUUAUUUCGUCUGGUACCCCCCCCCCCCCCCCCCCCAAAUAAAAAAAAAAUAGAAAGGGAAAGGGCACUUUAUGCGAAUGACCUGUUCUUUGCCAACAUAGAGGUUGAAACCUUUGAAAAUUCAUAUUUCAUGCUUGUCCAAUUUGGGGAAGUAUUUUAUUUGACAGUUGCAUGUGCUUUCUUGAAUUCAAGUCAUUAUAAUGGUGGGAGUUGUAUUUUGUGUACACUGGCUCAAAUACAAAUUUAGCUAGACAUUUAUUUCAUUCAGGAUUUAUGUUAUGCUGCUGGCUAUGCCAGGUUAUACGAUAAACCUCAUGAGGACACCAGUUGAUAUAAAAUAAUAUUGUAAAACUCCUCAUAAAUACAUUGUAGAUGGAUUUUUUUUUAUCAAUGUUUAGCAAUAUAGCAAGCUACAAAAAUGUAAUUGUCACUACUGUCCUUAUAAUCACAAAUAUGUAUUCAUCAAAAUUAUUUUUGUUUUGUUUUUAGUUAAAUACUUGUAAACAAGUAAUUGGAAGUACAAAACAUUUUUUUUUUUUUUUUCAUAGUGUCGUACAUGUAUAUUUCUAAGGAUACGUAAUUUAGCAAUGAUCCUUAGUCUUGUUUUUUGUUUUUUUUGGAACGUGUACCUGUUUAUCAUGGUAUAAUGUAAUUCAAAUACAAUGUCCAAAGAUAUUUUUAGUAAUGAAUUUAAAGAUUCUUGACAUCAGAUUGUGAUGUACAUGUACAACCCGUUUCUCUUUGACAGAGACCCACAUGUACAUAUUUUGAGGAAACGGGCUAUAGUACAUACUAAUUGACUACUAACUUAUUGUAGUCAAGGCCACUAUAGGUACAUUUCGAGGGAGACUUAGAUAAUAACGUUGAAGGUCCAAAUGUCUGGUCGGUUGGUUUGUUCUGUCCAUCCAUCUGUAACACUUCAUAAAUAAGACUUUCAACCUUAAGAUUACAGAAUACAUGAUAUGUUACUUUUUUGUUAGUCUUUCCUCAUCCUGUUCAUGCAUUUUGAUUAUCUUUCUGGUGCAUACUUGUAUUGUGCAUCAGUACAUUUAUAAAAUAAUGUAUAACAACUGAAGUAUUUUACUGAAACUCCCGAUAGUAGCACCAUCGUCAGUGUAUUUAUUGGAAAGCUAUUAAAAUAAACUUUCAAUGUAAAUUUAAAAA